ACAAGUCUCCAUCAUUUAUACAAAAACAUAGUAAAAGCAACAAUAUUUUAGUCCAACACAAAACCAACUAAAUCAAAUAGUGGGGUUAAAAAAGAAAAUUGAUUUGUAUUAAAGGCAUUAAACUUGCACUUACCAAUUACCAAAACAUAAUUAUCUAACAGUUUACUAAACACCCUUUCAUUCCCAUAUAACCAUAUUGAAAGCUAUUUAGCCAUGGGAAAUUGCUUCAAAUCACAAAGAAAAACAGUUCAAGUAGUGAAACCUGAUGGUAAAAUCCUUGAAUACAGAGCACUGAUCAAAGUGAGUGAAGUUCUGGCAGAAUUUAAGGGAUAUGAACUUUCAGAUGAGCUUGUUGUCCUGAGGUAUUUGAACCCGAAUGUAGAAUUAGUCGCUGGUCACUUGUAUUAUCUGAUUCAUGUUCCUACUCCGUCUCUGAAGGUUCGAAAAAAGAAGGUAAGAUUUGUAGAACCAGUGAAAGAGGAAGUGAAGAAGAACGAAGAGACAAGUUUAACUGUGAAAUUGGUGAUCAGGAAGCAAGACCUGAAGGAGAUGCUACAAAGUGGUGCCGUUUUGUUGGAUGAACUUGUGUCGAAGCAAAAGCUCGAUGGAUUGAGCUGUGGAAGCAAGACAUGGAUGCCUUCUCUGAAUAGCAUCAGUGAACUAGAUUAGUACAAACUGUUAGAUACUAGAGUAAGUAGUAAGUAGUAAUUAGACUAAGACAAACAAGGUUGCGCUAACAGAAAGUUGAAAUUUGUAUGAUCAUAAUUCAAGCACAUCAAUACAAAACUUUGAUCAAUAGUUUUUUACUGUCUAUUGUUGGUUUUGUAUCUACACUAUCAUGUGUACUACAGUCUACAGAAAAUGUUUGCCAUUAAAGAUAUGAUUCGUAUAUUGAGCCCCUUACAGCCGGCCUAAAUGUGAGCUUGGGCUGGAGACAAUUGGAAAAAGCUGCACAAAUGCAAUGUCCAAACAGAUGCACAAUCAGGAAAACAAGAAACAUGAAACAGUAAACAAAAAAUUGAUAACUUUGAUCAUAAUUCUAAAAUUUUGUUUGUUAUGAAUCAAAAAAAUGAUCUGCAGCCAGCAUCCAAGAACCAUUCAACAAGUGAAAUUGACCCGAUUAAAAUAAAUUGAGCUAGCCCGAAA